AAAUAGUACCACAGACUAAAACUCUGGCUUGGCAUGAUACCCUCUAGAAAAAAAACACAUAGUAUACAUUAGAAAUAGAUUGAUCUUGGUUAACACAGGAACAAGCCUAAACAGUACUAUAGUUCUAAAUAGCUCACUUCUUCUUUUGAUUAAAAAACCCAGGCCUUGACGGAAACCGGCUACAAUUAGGGUUUCAAGGUGCUAUAAAAACCCUAGCUUUCUACAUAAUUGACGGCACUUCCUUCCCAAGAGUCCGAAGGACGAGGUUUCGCGUGCGAUCUGAAAGCUAGCGGCGCGAGAGAGAUGGGGCAUUCUAAUGUCUGGAAUUCCCAUCCCAAAAACUAUGGCCCUGGAUCUCGAGCUUGCCGAGUUUGUGGGAACCCUCAUGGACUGAUCCGGAAAUAUGGAUUGAUGUGCUGCAGGCAGUGCUUCCGCAGCAAUGCCAAAGAAAUUGGCUUUAUCAAGUACCGCUGAAGAUGUUAUGUCCAUAUGAGGAUUGGAGUAGUGAAGCUGUCAUGUUGCUGAAGAAAAUCUUUUUUGCUCAAAUGUAUUAAUGUGAUAUGCUUCAUCUGUUCACCUGGUAAACUUUAUGGUUUAGCAAAUUAUGUCGUGAACUGAGUUCUGAGAGAUUGGUGAUUGGACAUAUUCAGCCUUAAAACUUUUUAUAUGAUCUUUUCUUUAAUUUAUUGCAAUAAUUGUCUACAUUAUAUAUGUUAAAAUCAAACACCUCAGUCACUU